AUUAAACAGUUACAUUUACUAUAUAUUCUAUAAAAUUAGUUGUUUGUUACAAAAGCUCACUGUAUUUAAUUCUGAAAUGGUACAGGUGUCACGUAAUGAUAGACGUGAUGAUUUCGUGAGCAUCCGUCAGAGCAAUGUCAAAAUUUUAGUAUUUCUUGAGGAAAAUUCAAAAUUCUCAGUAUGACGACGACCGCAGGGUACAAAGCGGCCUACGUCCAAGAACAGCUCAACGUCCAGGGCCCAUGGAAAGUGAAGAUAUUCGAAUGCCCCGAUGAAGUCACCUUCGUCCACUACACGGAACUGCACGAAUACCUUAUGGCCGGCUUCGCCGACGGCAUGGUUAGGGCUUUCAAAGACAACAAAUGCAUGAUCGAGCUGAAGGAUAAGGAUAUCAACAAUCAAAUAAAGGUCACAUGCAUCCGGCAUCGUCCCGUCUCCAAGAACUACCCCAUCACGAAUAUAAUGAUCACGACAUAUUCAUCCGGUUUGAUCAAGGGUUGGAAUUAUAACUUUCAAGAGUGCGCUUUCACUCUGCAGGAGCAGAGGAAGACGUGCGGCGUUUACUAUCAUCCGAAGCUCGCUAAAUUCAUAACCGUCGGGGACAACAAGAAGAUUUACAUGUACGACGAGGAUAGUAAGCGUCAGGAGAGGGUUCUAUCUGCUUCCGAUGAUAUGAAUGCAACUGAUGGUCACAGAGACACCGUAACUACGGCUUGUUUCCAUCCAAGACAAGUUAACGAGAUCAUCUCAGGUGGUAUGGAUGGUACCAUCCAGUUCUGGGACACCAGACAACCUCAUGCCAUCAGGAAUAUCCAAGGUAUUACUAUCGUCGGUGAUGGUUUAUACUUCAGUCCGAACGCCACAGAGUUUAUAACAUGUGGCUAUCAGAAGGACAAACCAUUGAGGCUGUGGGAUUAUCGGAACGGGAAGGAAAUUAAAAUCAUCGAGACGGACAAAUACAAGAAUAUUCCGCUUACGUGCGGCAAGUAUAUUACAAAAACACACGUGAUUUGCGGUGGCGGAGAGCCCAAUUUCAUUAGGAUUGUCGACAUGACCAAGUACGAGAAUGUUGCGCUCACCGCAGGAAUGUUCAAAGCACCGACGAACAUCACCUUAGGACCUUUGGAUGGAACGAACAUUCCGAAAUACGUGUUCGCCGCCGGAAGGAGAAUAUACGAGAUGAAACCGAAAUGAUGAGUUUCGAGGAGGAUGAAAGGGACGAGAAAGAAUGUACUCUUCAGUACGUACACAUCAAAUUCGUGUGUCUGGAGUGUGUGCUUGUGUUUGCAUCAUAUUCUUUAUUUAUCUUUACUUUUUUUUAUACAAUCGAAAAGAAAAGAAAAAAAGUAUUUUAAUUUUAAUUUUUGCUCCAUUAAUACAGCUCUUGUUUAUUCCUUUUCUGCUUAUUUUUCUUUUUAAUUACUUUGUUUUAUACACUAUAGUACAAAAAUUCUUAUUAUCUAUCACACGUAAGCAAGAAGAUAGCAUCUUUAGUUGAAGUAGAGAGAGUAGAGAAAGAGAGAGAAACAAAAAUGUACAAGAGAUAGUGGGUAAGAUAGAAAAAAAAAAUAAUAAUGGAGAGAAAAAUCGUGUCAACAUCCCUUAAGGAUUGUUAAAAAAAAUAAUUAAAUGAAACAGCCAAGAUCUGUCGGUUUCUGCUGUCGUCCGAGAUUUUCAUUGCAGUCUCUCGGCCCUCCAGAUCUUCGUUUUCUUUUUUGCGAAGGAAGAGAA